AUGUUCCACGUACGGUCCGCCUCCGAUCCGCCCUCGCCCACCUCGGCGCCGGCUCACUGGAACAGCCGCCCAGUGACGCCGCUGGCAUCGCAGCCCGACAAUGCCGACGCCUACGCAUCGAGGCCUCUGCCGCCUCUGCCGCCCAUGAUGAACAAGGCUGUCGUCCCGCCGCCUCUCAACAUCAGCAAGAGGAAGAGCAAGCCGAAUGCCCUGCCGGUGGGGCCGGGCUUGGGGCCGGCGUCGACCGAGGCGCUGCACAUGGAAGUCGAAGCUGAAGCACGAACCGCUUCGCCCCGCCUCUCGCCGAGGACCCCUGCCAGGAACUCCAACCUGCCUCCACGGAUGUUGAACCCGCCGAGCCCUGUCCACAGCCUCAAGCACCGCCAAUCCAAGAAGGUGCUGCAGCUCAUGGGAUACGAUGUUGACGUCUCGAAUCUCACGGGCAACGCCUCCCAGGAGCCCGAGAAAGAGCCUGUCGCUCGAAGCAGCCGAACCUUUGAAGACCCCUUCGCCCCGAAGUCCACCAAUCUCUUGCAGCCGCCAGAUGAAGGGCUGGUACCGGUCCUGGAAGACGACGAUGGCAUGGCCAGUUUAUCCAGCAAGAAGAGCUCAUGGGGGCCAGGAUCGCCACACUCUGCCUCUGCAAUCCCCCUGGGGCCCAAAUCGUCUGUCCGCCGCCGCCGCAGUGCCCGGAUUUUUGAACAGGAUGGCGUGGGCCAGUUCCUUGCACAGGAUGACGCCUACAUGUCCCCGGCGGCGGAUCCGGAGGAAGAGGAAUACCUCAGCGACGAGGAGGACAUGACCGCCGGCGAGUACCAUAAGUUUGCUGCCGAACUAGCUGCGUCUUCCGUGCGAAAGACCAGCUCCGAGGAGCCUGUCCAGGAGCCAAAGGGAAGGCGAUCGUCCAUCAUGAGCUUCAGGCACGGCUCCCAGUUUGGCCGCUUGCGACGGCGACCAACGACUGCCGACCCCAACACGCGGAGGACGGGCAGCAGCAGCUCAGCCGAGGGCCCGUCGCAGGCACCCGCUGCUCCCGAGCCCGAGCCCGAGGAGCCCGCCGAGCCCAAGAGCAUGUUUGAGGAGAGCAGCGACUCGGACAGCGACCGGCCAAACAGCAGGUCACGGUGGCGCAGAGACCGCUUCUCGCACAGGAGCGAAGAGCGUGUCAGGGAUAGCCGGGACGAGGACUCCCUGAAGCGAGGAUCGGUCAAGUCUCGGUUGCUGGGUGUGGGCAGGAGACGAAGGGACCAGCAAGCCGAGCAUGAUCAACAAUGGGCACGAAUCUAUGUUACAAGCAUGGUGGACGUUAUCUGGACUGUCUCAACACCCCUUCCUGGUUUCUUUGUUUUGCUGCAUUUCGAUACUACUAGUACUGCGCUUUUGUCCUUCUGGGUGUCAUUCUACGGAGUAAAACGGGCUUUGCUUAGAAAAUACUUGAGGGCCAGAAAGAGGAUACUCGGCGGGUUGACUACUUAA